ACGGCCUCACGGGCUUCAUCCACGAUCCACCGCCGCCGCCAUGCCUCCGCUGCUGCUGCGCUCUCCCCUCUCCCUGCUCCUCCUCCGCCGCUGCAGAACUCCACCUCAUCCUCUCCUCCUACGUACCAAUCCACCGCCGCCGCUCGCCCUGCCCAGGCAGCGCCGCCUCUCCGCUGCGUCCGCGCAGCUCGCCGACCCGCUCGUCGCCCCAGGGGUGGACGAGGCGGUGGCGGGCUUCGUCACCGGCAAGCGCAAGGCCACCGAGGUAGCCCACGCGGUCUGGAGGAGUAUUGUUAGGAAAGGAGAUACAGUGGUUGAUGCCACCUGCGGGAAUGGCAACGACACGUUUGCUUUGCUUAAGAUGGUGGCUGAUGGAAGUGGGCGAGGGCGCGUCUAUGGGAUGGACAUCCAAGAUUCCGCGAUAGAUAGCACCUCCUCUUUUCUGAAGAUGGCCGUCGAUAGCCAAGAGAUGGAGCUAGUCAAGUUGUUUCCGAUAUGUCACAGUAGAAUGGAGGAGAUUGUUCCGAAAGAUUCUCCUGUCAGUCUUGUAGCAUUCAAUCUAGGAUACCUUCCAGGGGGAGAUAAAACAAUAGUCACAGUACCUAAGACAACUGAGCUGGCAUUGCAAGCUGCCAGCAGAAUUGUUAGCUCAGGGGGACUCAUAAGUGUCCUUGUCUACAUUGGGCAUCUAGGUGGAAGGGAUGAACUCGCCAUUGUCGAAUCAUUUGCAUCAAGCUUGCCUGUUGAUACAUGGGUGACUUGCAAGUUUGAAAUGAUUAACAGACCAGUUGCUCCAGUACUUGUUCUGCUGCACAAGAAAUGAUCGGAGUUCCAGUGAGGAUCUACAAUUUUGGGACUCCAUGUUGAUAGAAUUAAGUGCUACAAUGCAUGAUGUGAAUCAUGUGAUGCUGAUCGCACCAGUGAAUGAAUGAGGAAGGAAUUCUAUAAAGGCUAUGUAACCGAAUGAUUUUUGUCAAUUGUACAAUUUUCUUGAUGCGAAUCUUGUUCUGGAGCCCUGUGAUUCUGACUUGCUCAUUGAGGUUUUCAGUUAUAAGAAAUUAUACAGAAAUUGUCAAAGAACAGAACGAAAAGAGAAGAGAAGGUUCAAGGAGUGGCCAGACUGAAUUCUGUUGAGUUCCUGUGCUAGGUCCAUUUGCUGCAGUCAUGUUGCUCUUUCUUUGUUGCAUUUGCUCUUUUUUCUCUCCUUUGUAUCCUCUGUGAACUAUGGCUGUACAAACUUCCAAGUUAUCUCGGCUUUUAAUGAAACGAUAGCUCUACAGUUUCGGGGCUUCAUGUUCCUGUUUCUGAUCAAA